AAGCGGUUCCCCUAGAUAUUUUUCACCGUCACGACCAGAGCAACAAAUGGUGAGAUGUGAGGAGUGACGAGAGUUUCUUCUAUCGUCAAAAAAAUGGCAUCAAUUUACACUCUUCAAUUCAAUUCCCUUUCUUUUUCUCAUCGAUUAUCUUCGAAUUUGGUGAAACUUAGAACUGAAUUUGAUUUAUGUGAUGGGCAACUGAGCUUCAACCGAUUAUCCAUUGCUCGAAACUUUGAAUUGAGAGCUGUGAGUUCCGAUGGCGACCACCCUGUCAAGACUGAAAGCGUUGCUGUUGCUGGGCAUUCGAAACGCCCAGUUGCCAAGUUUCAUGAAAUCGUUAGCUCUUUGCCUCAUGUAGCUUUCGUGAUGAAAAAAAAUGCUGGAAGUAGUUUUGCAAUUGGGUUGUUCUUUGCAACUGCAUUUUUGGUUAUUGUGGUGAGAGUAUACAUGUCAAGGAAGUCGAGGCACAGCCCUCCUGGCUCUGUAGCUGAUCUUGUUAGACGCGGCCAGUUGAGAUCUGAUAGAAGAGGCAUCUCACGGCCUCUUAAAUAUGAGGACCCUUUCAAUAAUCCAAUGGUGAAGGUGGGUAAGGGAAAUUCAACCGUAGAGAUGUGUGGAAAGGUUUAUCGAUUGGCUCCAGUUACUCUUACAGAACAGGAACAAGCUAUCCAUCAGAUGAGGAGGUCCCGAGCAUACCAGUGGAAGAGGCCUACAAUGUUCCUGAAAGAAGGUGACUCUAUACCUCCUGAUGUUGACCCUGAUACAAUCAGGUGGAUUCCCUCAAAUCAUCCUUUUGCAACAAUUGCCAGUGACAUUGAUGAAGACUUGGCACAGGACAAUAUGUAUCAAAAGCAUGGCGUUCCCUUUCGUAUUCAGGCUGAGCAUGAGGCACUGCAGAGAAAGCUCGAAAUGCUUCAAAGUGAACAAAAGCUUAAUAAAGUAGUGAUUGACUCUAGCAAUGCUAAAGAUUUUGAGAGACCAUUCAAGUUCAAUCAGAAGUCUCAUGAGCCUGCUGAACAGAAUCCCUUCAAUAUUCAAUCCGGUAAUUCAAGACCUCCUAAAUCAGAUCAAGCCCCAAAUACAGUUGGUAGUAAGUCAUCCUCAGAGGAAAUGCCGAAACCCUAAGCAACAUUGGGCUUCUGACAGUAAUGUCAUCCUUUUGAAAUGUAAUUGCUUUUCAGUGAACUUUGGUUUUUUUCAAUAUUACCAAAGAGUGUCUGGAUUACCAUUUAAAAUUGCAUCUCAGGUGUUAAAUUUGAGUUUAGCCUGCUCUAGAAUUCAGUUGUAAAUCAGAGGCAAGACUGUAAAUAGAACUGCAGUGUUUUACGUAUCCAGUUUGCUUAUGUAACCAAAAUAUUUUUUCACAGCAGUAUGGUUUAAGAAUUUCCGUUGCUAAUUUAUG